ACCAAAAUAGUCCUUAGGGAAGGUAUUUGGUAGAAUAAACUGACAUGAUUUCAGAGCAGAGAGGAAGCAAGAGGGUUUGCUCCGGUCAAAAUAUGUCCCCGAUAAUAAGCAGACCUCCCAUUUUAGGGGAGGAGACUAGACCAUCUCGUCAUUAUAUACAGUUUCUUUGGAUAAGCAUAGUUCUGUGCUGAGUCAUCAGUCAGGUGAGCAGGGUCAGCUGACAACACUAUUUAGAUCGAAGAUUCCCGCGAGCUAAGGCCAAACAGAGUUUUGAGAGCGUGUGUGAGACGUCUGAAAAAGGCAUUGGGCCUCCCUGGACACUUCAAUAACCGCCCGAGAAACAGCAUGAGCCUGAAUAUGGGGUCAGCUGAUGGUGUCCUCAAGCGGGGGUCUUUUGGAUGGAACACUGAUGGAAACUUCAGCUCUGUAUGCCCCAAUGGAUCGGUAUGGGUUUGGGAAGGGCUGGGGGAAUGUGCCCAGGAUGCCAGGGACAUGGCCAGUGUCAUCCUGGGUCUGCUGUCUAUAGUGUGCUUCAUGGUUUCUUCUCUGCCGCAAUACUACAGCUCUUGUAAGAGUGGGAAUAUGGACAGCGCCUUGUCCAUUUGGUUUCUGUUGCUGUGGCUGGGGGGUGACUCCUGCAAUCUUGUAGGUUCAUUCUUAGCUGACCAACUGCCGCUACAGAUAUACACAGCAGUGUAUUAUGUACUGGCUGACUUAUUGAUGCUGGGAUUGUACUUUUACUACGUAUCUAAGCACAGGAUGAAUAACAACAGGUCGGUUCUAAAUGUAGUUGGUGUAGUCUAUAUACUGGGCUUCUUUGCCAGCCUCGUUGCCUUACCUGGGUCAGGGUCCCAACAGGAUGUGGUCCUCUCUGGGUUUAAGGGGCGGGCCUUGCUGUCAACCACUGUGGACAGUGUUAAGGCUUUCAGCACCAAGGAGAUUAUUGGGUUUACCAUUGGCUCCAUAUCCUCAGUGCUCUACCUCUGUUCCAGACUGCCACAAAUGCACACUAACUACACAAGGAAGUCGACGGAGGGUGUGUCCUACUUCCUGUUUGCCCUGGUCAUCCUGGGUAACACUACGUACGGCCUGAGUGUGCUGCUGAAGAACCCUGAGCAAGGCCAGGGAGAGGGAAGCUACGUCAUCCACCACCUGCCCUGGCUCAUAGGAAGCCUGGGCACCCUCUCUCUAGACAUCCUGAUCUCCGUACAGUUCCUGAUAUACCGCAAUAAUGCCCCUCUGGAGUUGGAAUCGCAGCAUGAUGAGAGAGCUACUCUGCUGGACAAAUGAAACUGCUCCCUUUGUGCUGGAUCUAGCAGUUCAGACAAUUAUCCCCACCCAAUAGACUCACUCACAUUCCUAAACACUAAAUCCAUAACUUUUUGACAAACACAGGAAAUCCCUUUUCACUGUAUUGUUAUAUUUAUGUGAUUUGUGUUAUGAGAAAGAUGCCACUUUGUUAAUUGGGAUUCAGCUAUAGUUUACUUUAGCUGUUCUUAAUUGCUCUUAAUCUUUUAGAGAAGGACCUUCCAACCAUUUGUCUAAAUACUUCUAGUAUUUCAAAUUUAAAAACCUCUCCUGACAAUCAUGACACUACUACUGGUCACUACAUGGAACCCUCUCGUCGGAUUAGAAUAGUCUUGUUAUUGUAUUUCAGAAGUGAUUGACAAAAAAUAUUUUUUUGCAGAUCACUUCAUGUCUUGAGUAUACAGAGACAUGAAUCUUAGUGUCUUGACAUGUUCAUGUGGAUUUAUUGUAACUUCAUUAAAGUGUAAAUGUCUGAAGUACUGUACUUCAUUUAUUUGAUUGUUUACAUCAGUUGCCUUUAAGCAUUUUGAAUUGUAUAUUUAUGUACUUUUUGUUGACUCCUUUUUUGGGGUUAUAGUAUCCAGUCUGGAGACUUGACCUCAUGUUUGUUCAGUGUAAGCACAGAGUAACGAUGCUCACUGAAGGUUUCUGUUGAUGAAACGGUCCUGUUUCUUUCUUAUUCUGUUCCCUAACAAAUGGUGUUGCAUCAGUACUGAAAUGCACAGGAAUGAUUUAAAAUUGUAUCACGUUGAUAAUGUCUCAUUCCCCACUUACUACUACACUUAGGCAGGAAAAAGACAAUGUUCUAAAUAAAUUGGUUGUGGGAUUGUCUUUCAUUUUGAUAAAUGUUUUAUGUUUCACUAACACGCUCAAUAGGACACAUAAAUCAUGGUUUUAAACAACUGAAUUUGUAUGGACCCCUGCUGUCAUUUGGCCAGUGUACCUCUGUGUUAAAUAUGCUGGGAACAUGUAAUUUUCCACCUUCCAUAUCCAGCCCAUACUGUUUUUGACUGGCCUUCAAGAUUGUAUAAUAAAUUAAAAGAAAUUUAACAUCUAA